UACUAGAGCGAUAGAUUGGCUUACAUCCGUUCUGUGGGCAAAUAGACUACACUGAGUGUUUUCCUUGUCUGUUGAACAUUUCAGUGAGAAAAAUGACUAGCUCUCAGUUCAACAGAGGUCCAGCAUAUGGAUUGUCAGCGGAAGUCAAGAGUAGGAUUGCACAAAAGUAUGACCCCCAGAGAGAAGAGGAGUUGCGGAUUUGGAUUGAGGAUGUAACUGGAGGAUCUAUUGGGGAGGACUUCCAGAAGGGUUUAAAGAACGGUGUCGUAUUAUGCGAGCUCAUCAACAAGCUCCAGCCUGGGUCUGUGAAAAAGGUCAACAAUUCAACCCAGAAUUGGCAUCAGCUCGAGAACUUGACCAACUUCAUUAAAGGGAUUACAGUGUAUGGAUUGAAGCCUCAUGAUAUAUUUGAAGCCAAUGAUCUGUUUGAGAGUGGAAACAUGACCCAAGUUCAGACGACUCUCCUGGCCCUUGCUGGCAUGGCUAAGACGAAGGGAGUACAAACCUCUGUGGACAUUGGGGUGAAGUAUGCAGACAAACAUGAGCGAGGAUUCGAUGAAGAAAAGAUGAAGGCUGGUCAUUGUGUCAUUGGACUUCAGAUGGGGACAAACAAGUGUGCUAGCCAAGCUGGUAUGAAUGCUUAUGGCACCAGGAGACAUUUGUAUGAUCCCAAAGCUCAUAUUCUUCCACCUAUGGACAAUUCAACUAUCAGCUUACAAAUGGGAACCAACAAAGGGGCCAGCCAGGCUGGAAUGACUGCUCCUGGGACCCGGCGUGCCAUCUAUGACCAGAAGCUUGGCACUGACAAGUGUGAUAACUCAACAAUGUCUCUGCAGAUGGGAUAUGCCCAAGGAGCUAACCAAAGUGGACAAAACUUUGGAUUGGGCCGACAGAUCUAUAAUCCCAAAUACUGCCCCAAAAGUGAGGAUGAUGACGACAAAGAGGAGAAUGGGCAAGAAACUGAUGGUUGUAUUCAGGAAUGCCAAGAUGAAGGAUACCAAGGGUACCAAGAAGAAGGACAGGAUUACUAGUGGAAUGGUUUCUUUUUUUGGGAUUUUCUAACUGCUCAGUUACUGAACUUAAGUGCCUUACUUAGUCAUAUGUCAACCAUCCAUAAGAUGUAAUGUGUUUUAAAUGAUUCAUGUCAGAAUGUGUGUAAUUGCACAAUUCAGACUAAAGAGCUGCUUAGUCAGAUGCUAUACCAUACAGUAGGGCUGUGAAGUGCAUGGAAUACAACAUCACUGGUGUUAUGAAGAUCCAUAGACUCGUGUGUCUGUAUGUGUGUGUGAGUGCGUGUGAGUGCGUGUGUCUGGACAAUCCAGAAAUGGAUGGCUUUUAAUUGUCAUCCAUGAACUAUUGAAUUAUUACUUGUAUGAUUGUUUUGUCCUACAAAGCUUUCCUAGCCUGGAUGCCAGACCAACGUUUAGCCCCGCCUACAUCCUUUUUCUGCAAGAAUUGAGUAUGACGUCGUCAGGCUAAAGCUUUCCCAGUGUAUCACAAUGAAUGUUAUGUGUCUGCACAGGUCUUGUUUAGUGUCAGUAUUUUAAGCAUAAAUGGAGAUUUAGUAUCCCCAGUGUAUGCAAAUAUCUAAAUGUACUUAUACAGGAAAAUUAAAUGUAGGAAAGACAUUUUUAAUGUAAUUUGCAUCUAGACAUUCCAAGAUUAGUUACUUGAAAAGGGAUUUUUUUUUGGUAAUGAUUUAUUUGACAGUGUUGUGGUACACCAGAUGCCAGUGUGUAUUAUUAUUUUAUUAUAGGCUAAUUAUUAUUUUUGUAGUUGUUGUCACACCUGUUGUUGUGACAUGCAAACAUAUGUUUAAUUGUUUGCGAGAAACUGACCAUAUAAGUCAAUAGGCAUAUUCACUUAUUAAAUUACCAUCAUAUGGGUUCAAUCUGUUUUUAUCUUUUCUUUAUGUUGUGGUAUAGAUAAGAAACACUAAUUGACUGUACAUGGAUUGUGUUUUUUGCCAACAGACUUUUUAGCCUACAUUUUGUGGUCUUGAUUAGUGUUGAAGCAGUAAACUGCAUGAAAAUAAAGCAACAAUUUGCCACUUUUA